ACGUUAGGUAACGCUAAUGUUUAUUUAUUUAACUAGCUAUGCAAACGUGCUAAGGACUGAACAUAGGUGACGUGUGCAGCCAACCACAUACCUAGAAAAAUAUAUAUCGCGCCGCCCAGUGCAAUUCAAGCCAAUCCGUUUUGGAAACCGUAUUCGAGGAGGUUCCAGUUUUAGUCGAAAUUGCUGAGAAAUUAUCACGCUGCUAUUUCUGGUUGGAAUUGAGUGGUAGCUUCACCAGCUUGUUAGGCUAAAGCUAUAAUCAACCUAAAAUGACUACUGCAAGUACAGGAUUCCUCAUGUGUCCCACGUGUUGCUCACAGGGAACAGCUCAGAUGACAGACUUGACUUGUCUUAACCCCUUUCACUCUGAGGAGCACAGGACUUCCUCAAAUGCGCUCCACUGUGAAAAUGCUCUAUUUGGGAUGGGCAACCCCCUGCUGGACAUCUCAGCUGUUGUGGACAAGGACUUCCUUGACAAGUAUGGACUGAAGCCCAAUGACCAGAUACUGGCGGAGGACAAGCACAAAGCCAUGUUUGACGAAAUUGCAAAGAAGAGCAAAGUUGAGUACCAUGCAGGUGGCUCCACCCAAAACUCAGUGAAGAUUGCCCAGUGGAUGAUCCAGACGCCUCACAAAGUGGCCACGUUCUUUGGCUGCAUCGGGACGGACCACUUUGGAGAGAUCCUGAAACAGAAGGCUGAGGAAGCCCAUGUAGACGCUCGCUAUUACCAACAGACCCAGGAGCCAACCGGAACCUGCGCUGCCUGCAUCACUGGGGACAACAGGUCCUUGGUUGCUAACCUGGCAGCAGCAAACUGCUACAACAAGGAGAAACACCUGGAUCUGGAUGGCAACUGGGAGCUGGUUGAGAAAGCCAAGGUCUAUUAUAUAGCGGGUUUCUUCCUGACGGUGUCCCCAGAGUCAAUCCUGAAGGUGGCGAAGCACGCCUCUGAAAACAACAAGAUCUUUAGCCUGAACCUCUCGGCUCCCUUCAUCAGCCAGUUCUUCAAGGAGGCCAUGAUGAAGGUCAUGCCGUACGUCGACAUCUUGUUUGGCAACGAGACGGAGGCGGCCACUUUUGCCAAAGAGCAAGGUUUCGAGGAGACGGAUGACAUUGCAGAGAUUGCUAGGAGGGCCCAGAGCCUGCCGAAGGUCAACAAGAAGAGACAACGAGUGGUGGUCUUCACUCAGGGCAAGGACGAUACUGUGGCCACUAUCGGUGAGAAGGUGACCAUGUUUUCUGUCCUGGACAUUGACCAGAACGACAUUGUGGACACUAACGGAGCAGGAGAUGCCUUUGUGGGAGGCUUCCUGUCAGAGCUGGUCCAGGAGAGGCCAUUGGAGGAGUGUAUCCGUGCUGGCCACUAUGCAGCCAAUGUCAUUAUCAGACGAGCAGGAUGUACCUUCCCUGAGAAACCUGACUUCCCUUGAUGUACCCAACCAUUAUCCCCCAACCACAAAUGUAUUUUCCUUACCUUACAAACACCUGCAUAAAGCUGUGUGUAUGUAUGUGCCUCAAAGUUGUGUGUGUAAAGUUUGUUUAAGGUUUACAAUAAUUCCAUGGAUAUAACCGGUCAACAACAUUGUCGCUAUGUGUUGUAACUUGCUGUGAGAUUAUUGAUCAUCAGUGAUUCAAUUUGCUUCAGUAGAUUACUUUUUAAGCAACUUUCUAAACAACACUCCACUUUCUAUGCACCAUCUGUCAGUUCAAAACCACUAAAUCUUAACUCUCAUUUAACUCAUUGUUUUGGCUUUGCUAUUAAAAGGUUACGAUGUCUAAUACUAAGGACCAGGGGUUUUUCCUCGCCAGGUCAUUAAUACGUGGUCUAGAAAAACUCAGGGCCCUACUAUCAAUAAAGUACUGUCUGAAAUAUGGAGUUUGAUAUUAUUAUUAUUUUCUUAAAUGUUUACUGAAUACAAUGGUAUGUUGCCAAGUUCGUUUUGCCAUGACGGACAAUAUUGUUCAUUAAAACAACAGGCGUGGGUGGUCUGAGACUUUGUCAAAUGUUCCUUGAGUUCAUACAAUGCCUUCACCCCACAUUUCCAAUGCCUUGUCAUCUUGAAUGUAAUAAGUAAAGUAACAAAUGCACAAAGAGUUUGACUGUUACCAUAAUACCAAGUUGUGUAUAUCUUUCAUCCAUUCCAACCACUUUUUGAUGAAUGAUUGAAGGUGUGGUUGCAGCAAGCUAAUCAUUUUCUGCAUCCUACUGGCUACUAAAGAUAAUGACUGUUGUGUUAUUGUAACAGGCGGUGUAGAUCUUUCAUCCAUUCAAACCACUUUUCGAUGGAUGAUUAUAAACUCAGCAAAAAAAGAAACAU